AGGGACCAUCCCGCAGACGAGGGCGAGUGCAACGCUGGCGCGAACACCAAGCAAGAUCGGGCUGUCCCCACGCCGCCUCUUGUUGGGCCUCCUUCUCGCUCUGAACCUCUCGGCGCUCUCUGUAAUCUACAUCACGCACGCAUUAACCAACAUGACGGCGUCAACCUCCACUGUGACCCUGCCAAUUCAUGUGUACUGGGCGCAUGCGGUGAACUCACAAGCGUUGCUUGCCGCCGCGUUGGACAAGAGCCAGGCCAUCGAAGCCGACGUCUUGCUCAACUCGGGAAACGAACCAGUGAUGGCCCACCCCCCGGCCACGGACAGCAACCUGACUCUGCGUGCCUUUCUUGCCCAGGUCGAGUCUGGCACGGGCAUCGUCAAGCUGGAUUUCAAAUCCGACGCUGCGUUCGGCCGGGCACUGCCGCUACUCCGUGAAGUAAGCUUGUCGCUCAAGGCCCGCCUCUGGAUCAACGCCGACAUUGUACAAGGCAGCAAUGCGGCCGAGCCCCAGUUCGUGGCUGCCGAGUUCGUCGCCAACUCGAUUCGACUUGGUGCAGGAAAACUUAGUCUGGGAUGGACAACAUCCAGCAACAGCACCGAGUACACCCCGGAGAUGGUUCGCGCAAUGCUUCAACUACUCUCCGACUACGAUUCGUCCGUCGCCGUGACAUUUCCUGUCAAGGCCAGCUUGGUUCGGGGGAGCUGGGACGCCCUCAAGGCACUCUACCAAAACCCAAAGCAUGGCAUGACUCUCUGGCUCAACGAAGCCAUGGACGACGCGGACUUAGUUUGGCUUUACCAAACGCUCGAGACGCCCGCCUUGCAAGGACGAACGUAUUACGACCUACACGGGUGGAAUGCUCUCGUCCAGCGUAAAGGGUGGUGAACAGCGCGCCUCACUUGAUGUCAAGCCAAGUGAAUCGAAUGCAUCCCAGCGCAAGUGCGCGAUGUAAGCGAAUACACAUACAUAUCCUCUCUUGUCCAAUGUCGUCAUGGCUGAC